ACAGCCCAUCACACACAGAGCGAACAUGGCGGGCGCCUCCGACCCUCUGGAAGACAUGCUCUUCUCCGAGGUGGACGAGAAAGCCGUGAGCGAUCUAGUGGGCUCGCUGGAGUCUCAGCUGGUGGGCCAGAGCGACCCGGCCGCCGCGCAGCCCGAAAACGCUCGCCCGGGCAGCGCGAAGCAGCAGCAGCAGGCAGGAGGAACAGCGCAGCUGUCUGCUCCUAUAGGCUCUCCAUCAGAACCACAACAACAAGCACAGCAGCAGCAGAACGCGCGGAAAGCUGCGCGCAACCCGGAUUCCGACCCGAAAGACGCCAGCAUGGAAAAGCACGCCAAAGCCCUGGAGAAGGAGAGCCCUCUGAAGUCGCAUGGCAGCAUCAUCAUCAUCACUACGGCAGCAGCAUCCGACGCUCCCGCACCGGGCAACAAAGGUGAGAGCCCGAGGGACACCCGCAAGAAGCACCCGGGGAACACGCGCGCGCUGCGCUCCCCAGCAUCCCACAGUCUCAACGGCAACGGAGCCGACGCAGCAUCAGCAUCACCCAGCUCCUCCAGCCCGAGCAGCACGACUUUCACCGUGUCCAGUAACCCGCAGGCGAUCGCGCUGGACCGCGGGACGCCCACCAUCGCGCUGCACCGACUCCCGCGUCACAUCAUCGCCAGCAUCGCGCAGAAUGGAAACGGCACGUCCGUGUCCGCGCUGGUCCAGCAGAGCGCGCGGAUCGGAGAGGCGGGCGCGCAGGUCAACCACAGCACACCACCCGCGGACGCACCCGGGAACAACGCGAAACCCGCGGCGACCUCGGCUCCUCCCGCCGCGGCCACAGCAGCGCUUGUCAAACCGGCUGUCGGUGUCAGUGCGGCUCCGGCCAUCAGACCUGCGCAGCAGAGGGUCGUAACGCCGCAGCUGAUUGUCAGACCACCGCAGCAACAAACUACAAUACAGCUGCCGCCCGGAUUCACCAUCCCACCAGGUAUGGUGCUGGUCCGGACGGAGAUGGGUCAGCUGGUGAUGGUUCCUCAGCAGGCUCUGGCUCAAGCUCAGGCCCAGAACAGCAUCUCACCGCGGCCCUCCACUCCCACCAGCGUGGCCACAUUCAGGGUCACGACCCCACAGUCUCCUGUUAGCACUCAGGCGAUUCGUCCCGCUCCUGCGGCUCAAACUAAACCGGUCCAGUCGAGUUCACCGAGUGCCGCGGCCCAGACCAGCACUGCAGCCGGCCCCGCUAAGGCCCCCGUGGCAGCCGCCGUGGCAGUGACAGCUCCCCAGCAGGUCCAGCCGGCCUUGGGCCCCCAGGGGCCCCUCACUCAGAUGCCACUAGCCCCGCAGAGCGCAGCCACCCCGGCCCCCGGAUCUCCGCUUGUCUCCCAGGAGAUGCAGGAGAACGUGAAGAAGUGCAAGAACUUCUUGGCGACGUUGAUCAAGUUGGCAUCCCAUAACUCCCCUUCCCCAGAGACGUCUCGAAACGUGAAAGCGCUGGUGCAGGAUUUACUGGAUGCAAAGAUCGAUCCGGAGGAGUUCACCAGCCGGCUGCAGUCCGAGCUGAAGUCGUCUCCGCAGCCAUACCUGGUCCCUUUCCUGAAGAAAAGUCUCCCUGCGUUGCGUCUGUCUCUCCUGAACAGCCAGCAGUCUCUCACUCCGCCUCUGCAGCCCAACAAAACCAGCGUGACGCCGGUCCAGACGGGUGUCAGUGUGCGGCCACACCAGCCCAACAGCACCACCGUACUGCCACAAGGUAUCAAGAGGGCAGUGGGUCCUGGAGGUCAGAUACGGAUGCCUGUGGUCAUCACGCAGACGGUGCGAGCAACAGGUACUCUAGGGAAGCCUGCGGCGAUCCAGAUGAGCAAAAGCCCUGCGGGCGUCACCAUACAGCUCUCAGGAAACCAGAAAAACAAGCUGAAUGACCCGGGGGGAGGCUCCUUCAGAGACGAUGAUGACAUCAACGAUGUGGCGUCUAUGGCCGGCGUGAACCUCAACGAGGAGAGCGCGCGUAUUCUAGCGACCAACUCUGAGCUGGUGGGAACACAGAUCCGCUCCUGUAAAGACGAGGCCUUCCUGUCUACAGGUCUGCUACACCGGCGUAUACUGGAAACAGCUAAAAGGUUUGGAGUGACGGACGUACCGCUGGAGGCUGUGAACUUCAUCUCUCACGCCACCCAGUCCAGAUUACGGACGGUGCUGGAGAAAGUUUCCUCCAUCGCCCAGCACAGAAUGGACUCGUGUAAGGAAGACGAGUGGCACGAGCCGUCGUCUGAUGUGCGCUCGCAGCUCAAGUUUUUCGAGCAGUUGGAACGGAUGGAAAAGCAGAGGAAAGAUGAGCGAGAACGAGAGAUUCUCCUCAGAGCAGCGAAGAGUCGCUCGCGGCAAGAAGAUCCAGAACAAGCCCGUCUGAAGCAGAAAGCAAAGGAGAUGCAGCAGCAGGAACUCGCCCAAAUGAGACAACGAGAGGCCAACCUGACGGCACUCGCCGCCAUCGGCCCUCGGAAAAAACGUAAAGUGGACUCGCCAGGAGCUACAACGACAGGCACUGAGGUGUCGGGGAGUUCGGCAGGUUCUCCGGGCGGAUCGUCGGCCCCGUCCUGCUCGUCACAGCAGUAUAACCGCCAGAGAAUAACACGCGUCAACCUCAGGGACUUCAUCUUCUACAUGGAGCAGGAGCGAGAGACCAGCAGAUCUCUCUUACUGUACCGGGCUCUCCUGAAGUAGCCAACGCUGAGCGAAUGCUGAGCAGCGAUCGACUUCCUUCUCAGCUCUGCGACGUGCCUUCAGCCCUGUUCACCGCCUCUGUGUCUGUGAGCUCGUGAUGUCAGCGUUGCUUUUGAUAGAAAAGCUCUGAAAAAAGAGAGAGAAAAAAAAACAAGAUGAGCUUCAUGUUUCCUGUUUUCUCCUCAACGUUAUUAGGUAAACUGUAUUUAUGAUAGUGAAUUUUAAGGCUUGUCUCUCCGGCUUUGAGCUGAGGAGUGUUUGUUUGUUUGUUUGUUUUUUGUGUAUGAAUGAAUCUGACACUGUAAAUACCACGUUCUUCAUCAGUAUUUUAGUCUAAAAAUCCCCCCCCC